AUACCUGUUUCUGACUUUUUGUGAUUUGUGAGUUUAACAAAAUACCUUAUUAGGCUUAUUAAAAUAAUGAGUAUAAAAAUAUUCUAAUUAAAUUAUAAAUAAAGUUUAUUUGAAAAAAAUAUGAAAGUUUAAGUGAUCUAAGGUGUUUAUUUAAUUGUUAUUAGAAUUUUCUUUUAGUUUAAUUAAAAGUGUUAUUUUUUUUUUCUAAAAUUUUAAAGCGCUUGCGUUUUCCAAUUUCUUUUUUAUUUUUUUUUUUUUACAAUUUUCACUUCAAAUACUUUAGAUGUAAAUUUGUAAAAGAGGAAAGAAAAAAAAAUUUUUUUUUUUUACUAUUAAUGCUAAUUACCAAAGGAAUAUCUGGCUUGAACUAAAAUAAUUUAUUUAAAAUAAAUAUAUAAUGAUAUAUAUGAUAUAAUUUAUAAUAUAAAAUUUACUUAAGUAAUAAUUUUCACUGAAAAUUUUUAUAUAAAACAAAAAAAAAAAAAAAGAAAAUUUUUCUGCCACACACAAAAUGCAAUUUGUCAAAAUUGUGAUGUGCAGUUUAUAAAAAAUGGCCACUGAAUAUAGUUGGCCGUCUGAAGAAUUAUUUAUUCGCCGGUAACAAAAGAUAUAUAAAUUAAAAUUAAAAAAAAAAUAAUAAUUAAAUUAGAUAAAAGCUUAAAAAAAUACAUAAUAUAUAAAUAAAAAGACACUUAAUAGUUUUUAUGUGAUAAAAGUUCAAUGCAAAAUGAACAGCUUGUCAUGUGCCCUAAUUAAGAAAAUUUGAAAUCAUCAUUUGAGUGUUAUUGAUAAAAGAAAUUCCUUGUAAAACAGAAACAACUAAUUAGGAGAUCACACACUCUUAAUUUGCUUUAGUAGAGUUAUAUAGGACUCACUUUUAGUAUAAAUAUUUUUGCCAACUGUGAUCACAUAAAUGUAAAAAUGCAGCGACGUGACGGCAGAGAUUCGCGCGAAGGAAGAGAUAGACACUCUAGUAGUGGAGUUCAACCAAGUAGUUCAUCAGUUACUGCUGGAGGUGGAGGAGGAGGAGGAAAUUCUAGUGCAGUUAGAGUUACCGGAAUAACAAGCAAUAUGUAUUCUGGACGUCAUUCUGUAAGCUCCUCUUCCGGAGUUCUUAUGGUUGGACCAAAUUUUCGUGUUGGAAAGAAAAUUGGCUGUGGUAACUUUGGAGAAUUGCGCUUAGGUCGUCGAUUAUGUUAUUUUAGUGGAGGGAAUCGAGGAAAAAAUCUUUAUAACAAUGAGCACGUAGCUAUUAAAAUGGAACCCAUGAAAUCUAAGGCUCCUCAACUGCAUCUGGAAUACAGGUUUUAUAAGCUACUUGGCGCUCAUGUAGAAGGGGUACCAGAAGUUUAUUAUUUUGGUCCUUGUGGAAAAUAUAAUGCUCUUGUAAUGGAAUUGCUUGGCCCAUCAUUAGAAGAUCUAUUCGAUUCAUGUGAAAGGCGUUUCACAUUAAAGACUGUUCUUCUAAUUGCAGUACAAUUACUCCACCGGAUUGAAUAUGUGCAUAGUCGCCAUUUAAUAUACAGAGAUGUUAAACCAGAAAAUUUCUUGAUUGGGCGGGCAUCUACAAAACGUGAAAAAGUUAUUCAUAUUAUUGAUUUUGGUUUGGCAAAAGAAUACAUUGAUUUAGAUACUAACAAACAUAUACCAUAUAGAGAGCAUAAGUCAUUAACAGGUACAGCACGCUACAUGUCGAUAAAUACACACAUGGGGAGAGAACAGUCUCGUAGAGAUGAUUUAGAAGCAUUAGGUCAUAUGUUUAUGUAUUUUCUUAGAGGAUCAUUACCAUGGCAAGGUUUAAAAGCAGAUACUCUCAAAGAGAGAUAUCAAAAAAUUGGCGAUACCAAAAGAGCAACACCUAUUGAGGUUUUAUGUGAAGGUCAUCCCGAAGAGUUUUCCACAUAUUUAAGAUACGUUAGAAGACUAGAUUUUUUUGAAACACCUGAUUAUGAUUUUCUUAGAAGACUGUUUCAAGACUUAUUUGAUCGAAAAGGAUACAUCGAUGAUGGAGAAUUCGAUUGGACGGGAAAAACUAUGAAUAAAGACCAACUUGAACGGAUGAGAAUACUUAAAAACGCACCUCCUUCUCAUCGUGCUAAAAACAAAUCUGAUAAGUCUACACCAGUAGGAUCUCUGCAAACUGGACAUGAAGUCAUUAUUUCACCAAAUAAGGAUCGGCAUCCCACAUCUAAGGCUGAUUUUGAUGAUGACGAUUUUUAUGAGGAAGAUGAGGAAUUAUAUAUUGAUAGUGAAAUACGAAGUUUCAAGGCAAACACUAAACAAGGUGUGUCAGCAUGGCCUGAUGUUCCAAAGCAGGGUGCUACACUUGGAAAUCUUACACCAGCAGAUAGACACGGUUCAGUACAGGUUGUAAGUUCUACAAACGGAGAAUUAAAUGCAGACGAUCCAACAACUGGACAUUCAAACACUCCAAUUACACAACAGCAAGAAGUUGAAGUUCUUGAUGAAACAAAAUGUUGUUGCUUCUUUAAAAGAAAAAAAAAGAAAUCACCACGUCAAAAAUGACUAGAGGGUAUGCAACGUAGCCCAGAACGUGAAGCUGUUACAUUGCUUCGUGCAACCUCACAUUCAAAUUCGCGAGAUAGUAUAUUAAAUAAUCAGACCAGUCAGGAUUACAUGCAUCAAACAGUUUCACAUCAUACAUUACGUUAUCCUCCAUCCGCGUCAAUAUUGACGCCAACACCAACUAAUACACCUACACUUCCGUUGUAAAAUAUUGUUUAUAUUUAUAUGAUACUAAACAAUUGUAAUCAUUAUGAACAAAAAACAGAAAAAAAAAGUAAAAAAAAAGAAAAAAAAAAGAAAAAAAAAAUUUUAUAUUUAAGUCAUUUUCUCAUCACUAUUUUAGCAAUAAAUAUGAAAUAAUCACUAUAAACAAUAAAAAAAAGAAAAAAAGAAUAAAAAAGAAAGAAACAAGUAUUUCAAUAUAUUAUUAUAUUCAUAUGAAAAAAAAAAAAAAAGAAACAACAAAAAAACAAAAAAACAAAAAUUGUAAAGAUUACAAGAAACUUACGUAUAAGUUUAAUCCAAAAUAUUUUAAAAUAUAAAAC